AUGCAGACGGCGGGGGACAAAAACUCGUCUCAUGCGGUUGCAAAUAGAUGGCAAACCAGACUCAUCCGAGGUGACGCACCUGAAUGGAGCGGUGUUCUAAAGCAGCCUGUGAGGGAAGCAGACCUGCAUCGAUGUAAGGACUCGGGGACGACGGCAGGAAUGGUGGGUGCGGCGCAGUUGCACGCCAGAUGUACAUUGGACAAUGGGUUUUUAUUUAAUAUUGUUUCAUUUUUAAGCAGAAAACAGGUGUAA